AUCCAUUUACUACAAAUUAAUUCAACUACUAUUUACAUCAAGAUGGUUGGUAUUACAAAAUCUAUUGCUGUAUUUGGUGGUAAUGGGUUUCUUGGAAAGAGAAUUUGUGAACAGGGUAUAAGAUCUGGAUAUAACGUGAUAUCCUUGACCCGUUCUGGAAUUGCUCCAAAGAUUGAAUCUCAUCAUGAUGCUCAUUGGAUCAGUAAAGUCCAAUGGAAAAAGGCAGAUCUUUUGGACCCUAAAACAUACAAGGAGGCUUUAGGAGAGGUAGAUACGGUUGUUCACUCCGUUGGGAUGCUUUUCGAAGACCAACAAUAUAAAAAGGUCAUGAACAGCAAUCCAAGCAUACCAGACUUGCUUAAAUUAAUCAAAGGAGGCAAUCCCAUGGCUAAGGAUUCAAAGACCACUUAUGAAUCUAUUCAAAGAGAUUCAGCCGUGAUAAUUGCAGAUGCAUUUCUUAAAGAGAAUUCCAAAAAGAAGAAUAAGUCACUCUCGUAUGUGUAUAUUUCAGCAGACAAGUUACCUCCAUUUAUUCCUGCUGGAUAUAUUAAUACAAAAAGAGAAGCUGAGGUUGCACUCAGCUCCAAGCCUGGCUUAAGAACGAUACUUAUGCGCCCAGGAAUCAUGUCUGAUGAAACAGAAUCUCUUACUUCUCAUCGUAAUAAAAUUACAUCACUCUUGUCAUAUGUAUAUGGGGCCAAAGAGUCAAUCUUUGGUAAGAAUGUGCCCUUCUUAAAUGCUAAUAUAAGGCCAUCAGUCUCAACUCAACAAGUUUCAAGAAAAAUCUUUGAAAAAUUGGAAGAUUCUAACUUUUCUGGCGUUGUUUUAUUAGAAGAUAUUGCCACCAAAUAAUUUAAUUCGUUAUAGAUAUGUACAUAAAAUAGUAAAUUUGAAUAAGUAUGUUUUUUAAUU